ACAAAAAUGAAUCCAACUUUCAUUUCUUCUACCACUGCUGGCACCACUGAAAAACCUGAUGGUGACCCAGUUAAUCAAUGCUCCAUUAUGCGCUCUAUCAAUGGUGCUACUCUCGGUACAACCGAAAAACCCGACGGUGAUCCGGUUAACCAAUGCUCUAUCAUGUAG